UGCUUCUGGUUGCCGGCGGACACGUCAUGCAUCGAUUUCGGCUAACCUUGCAGUCGGGAAGAUUUAGCUGUUGAAAUCGAAGAAGAAUAAUUGAUGUUGAAGAAGAAUAAUUGAAUAAUCCCUAAGACAGCACUAAGCGAUGCAGCAACUUCCAUUGACAACGAGUCCAGACGGAACGAAUUUCGUAUGGCAGAUUGACAGCAAAGCAAUUUGACAUCAUUGUUGGUUCAACAAAUAUCAUCCGCUACAAAUCGAUUCUAAGGGCAAUUGCCUGUAGUGACGCCACAAGCAUCCAUCGGCAUUGUCCAAAUGCUGCUGUUCGCAUGGAUGAUGGGAGCACAGUCGUCUCAAUUGUCCUCAUCCAUAUCUUCCAUGGCCGACAACCUGUACCAUCGAGCGCAGCACUGUGGCCACGCUGCACAGGCGCGUUUGUGUUCAUGGAGAAAAUCCGAUAGUUCUACUUCAGCCUGCGACAGCGAAAAACAGUACACCCAAAGACGAAUCAGUAAUUUGGCAGAAGAGAAGUUCUCAAAGAAUUUGUCACAAUUGUUAUGUGACCGUACCAAGCGAUCCCAGUCGGCAGACGUAUCGCAACGUCAGAGCAUAUCAAAAUCAGCAGACGUUACACAAUGUGAUUCAGUAAGAUCACCGACGAGAUCCACAGAAUCUCGAAGGAGGAAAACCGCAUCCUCCAGCAAAUGCUAUAAUCCGCCAAAGAUCACCUCGGACGUGGUUGGACAAGUACGCUACGCCCUUUUCCGGGAAUUGGCAGAUCUGUACUCUCGUGGGAGCGCGGACGCGGCAACCCUAAUUUUGGGUUUAAACAAUGACCUUAUUCGCCAGAUCAUCCACUCCGUUCUUCUCGCCAACGAGCCGAUCAAUAGCGCCGUCUCACGGUUAAUUCGCGUGUUAAGAGAACGCGGUCCCCCGCGCCGCAACGUUGCCGGCACCAGCAGUGUAGGCGUCGUGCAUGUGCGCUGCCCGAAACAGCACGACCAGCGCAUCAUCGGGAUCUUUGCCCGCAAACUGGCUGGUUUUGCGGAGAUGUUUACGGCGGAACGGGCUAUCUCCCUCGCGUUGCUGCAGAUUGAAACGGCUUUCAAGGAGGACACAAAGGCCGUGGAUCUUGUUGUCGAUUUCGGGAAUUUUCCUUGUGAGGGGUGCGGCAUGGAAGUAGUGAGGAAGCUGCUGGCGGAAUUGGCGCAGUAUAAAGGAUUUUGCGAAAGGGUCUUCUUCGUAGAGUUCCCGGAGGAGUACAAAGGGCAGUGUGAAGAAUGGAAAGCGCUGCCACGAGAGUUCCGACGGAAGGUGUGGUGUGUAACGGAAGAAAAUCUUCAGUUCGUUUUGCCGGACUAUUACCAAAGAUUAGCUCGAAAUGAAUGCAUGACCGGGGAGCAAUCCGCGGAUAGCCGCAGUUGCGUGUCCAACACUAUCGAGCGGCAGGCAGCAAAGGAAGCCCGCCGCAAAAGUGUCAAGAACUAUUUUGAAACAACCGACCGUUAUUUAGUCAUCACACAGCUGAACCGUACCGAACUAUCCACUGUUUCCUUUACAGUUCGGAAUAUUAGUUCGGAAGCAUUUCUUGUUUGUCACUUUGUUCCCAAGCGUCCAGCAUACACGAUCCGCCCGUCCGCCGUUUUCUUAUUGCCUUAUCCCGCGGCUCAGGAAUUUAUUAUUCGUACCCAGGAUGAAUCCCCGCAGAUAGGCGACACGAUCGCUUUGCACAUUUACGUUCUUCAUAGUCAGAGUGUCGGAAGAAUAGCGAAUGGAUGCGAUGCGACGGCUAUCCGGCAGUUUAUAGAACGAGAAAAAGGGGAGGUAAUCUUGAAAUGUACCUGUGACCUAAUCGUUUCCAAAAUCGAGGUGACAAACUCAAUGCACAGCAUGAACGACACCGACGCGCAGCUAUUUGAUUCAAAACCUGUACCAGUGGACUCGACAGAAUCUGUUGGUCGUCCUCAAGCUAUAUCCUCUGGCAGCAGUAGCGACAGUCACGUUACAUGCCUUAACAAAGAUUUUGUCGACAUCAGCGAAGCGGUUGAACAGUACAAUUAUGCGCGUGGAGACCGUUGGGCACAGCGGAAACCGAAAACCUAUCGCCAACGCAUGUCCAGAUCUGUGAAAAGCGUGGCUGCCGCCGAGGUAUCCCAGUGCCAGCUAACAUCGCAGAGCUUAGAAGAAUGUCAGCAAGACAGUGGGCACAUUGUCGAAGAAGUUUCAUGCGCCAAUAAUACAUUCGAACCAGUGACCGGCAACGAUGCUUGCCAGAUGACGCGUGACACAUGCGAACCAGCGGAAGUAGGCGAUAAAAUGCCCUGUGUAGUGACAAACAAAACGCUGAACGAAGCGUUACCGGAAUGUUGCGAGAACGAGAGCCAGACGGAUACGACACAAAAGCACUGUACGGAGGUCCAGUGCCCAUCGGAUAUCUGGGACCGAACGGACGCUUGCUGUGAUACUAGUCAGCCGUGCGAAAUAGCUGCAACCCAGACCGCAUUGGAGGACUGCUACGAACUGGAAAACACUGAGUGUCACGGAGCUGUGGAAGAGGCUUCUCUUGCUGCAACCGAAGAACCCUGUGUUGGGCAAAGGGAACCUCCUGAAUGCACCGAAGAACUAACAGCCACAGCUCCCGAAGCGUGCCCUGAAGACGAAUUUAGCCCAUUAACAAACAACCUGGAUGCUGAGCCUUUGCUGAUGACGGACGCGCCGUUAGAUUUCCUGUCGCCUCCGACUGAACCGCGAUUAGCGCAACGUUUCGAUCCCGUAGCGAGCGGUGCCGAAGGCGAAGCGUCAGCUCAGAUCCCGGGUUUUGUCAAGUGGUUUGCAGUGCUAACUCUUUUACUGCUCUUGUAUUUAUUAUACCGACAAAGAAAACUGACGCCGGUUACUGCGGCUGACGAACUGCGCGCUCCAGAGCUAUGGAGUCUUCGGCCUUCCAAGCGCGGAUUACGCGAAACCAAGCCGUCCAUUACCGUAACGAAGCCCUGGCUGCAGUUCUGGCCGUUUCAUUGUACAGAUGGAGGCAAAUGUUGGGGCGGAUUUCUCAGUGGAUCGUUUCCGCAUGCGCAGCAAUGCAGCGCCCUGCUGGAACCGGUGCGAUCGUACUGCGCAGAAGGGCAGGAUAAAGGGACACUGGCAUAUUGGGCGUGCCAGCUAGCCGCACAGGUUGAUGGUGAGCAGUGCCGUAAAUAAAGACGGACAGUUGUUUAUGAUCUAAAUUUUAAGAAUGUUACAGAGAAAAAAUUACUGUUGUUGCGGAUCAAAUGCAUCCGUGGCAAAACAAUGAAGUUUGCAACAGCAAACACAAAGUUUAAAAUGCAAUAUUAAAAAUUAUAGAAGUUGUGCUAAGAUCCUAUUGGUUGAAAACUAAUAUGAGUAAGCGCAACCGUAACCUCGCACCCAAAAAAUAAAAGAAUGAAUGAUAUUUCACAAUCGAAAAUGAAACGAUAUGAAUACGAUUGAAAAUGUGAAAACUCGUGGCAAAUAAAAACGGACAUCCAAAUAAAAACGUCUGCUAUUUAAUUCACAGCGCCUCAUGUUCGUCAAAAUAUUCAACCUGCCCUUUGCCCAUUACC